UAUCUCAUUCCCAUUUCUCCAAUCUAUUUUCUUUCCCUGCAAACCAAAAAGAUAAAAUAAAAAUGGAGUCAGCAACAAGAAGAAAACGGCCCUGUUUUAUCAACGACGGUCUUGUCUCUGUGGCUCAAAUGGGAACUGAGAUUUCAACAAACAAUCACAAUUCAUUAAUUUCUAGGAGAACUAUUUUCAAGAAUCUUACUUUUGAUUCUUCAAUCUCAUCACCAAAAUUACCUGCUAGAAUUGAACAACAACAACCCCAUUUCUUGGAUUCUUGUUUUCUUUGCAAUAAACCAAUUGCUCACAACAGAGACAUCUUUAUGUACAGAGGGGAUAUUCCAUUCUGUAGUGAAGAGUGCAGGCAAGAACAAAUAGAUAUGGAUGAAGCAAAAGAGGAAAAAUUAAAUCUUUCAACUUCUAUCAAGGCUUUGAGAAUAAAGUCCACUUCUCCCACUAACACUACACAAGAUUACCCUUUACGUAUUAGAGGCAGUGUUGUUGCAGCUUGAAUU